AUGCCCGCCGACGUCGACUACUUGAAAGGCCUGCUCCGGUCGUACCCCGACUACCCCAAGAAGGGCAUUGUCUUCUUGGACAUCUUCCCGCUGCUCCGCGACCCGGUCGCGUUCGAGACGCUGAUCACGCACUUCGUGCACCGUCUCACGUCGCACACGAUCGCGAGCUCGCCGUCGAAGAAGAUCGACGUCGUUGUCGGCCUCGACGCCCGCGGCUUCCUCAUUGGGCCCAUCAUCGCGAUGCGCCUCGGCGCCGCGUUCGUGCCCGUGCGCAAGCGGGGCAAGCUCCCCGGAGAGACGAUCAGCGCCGAGUACCAGAAGGAGUACGGCCUGGACGUCUUCGAGAUGCAAGCGGACGCGAUCGCAAAGGGCCAGAACGUCGUCAUCAUCGACGACCUCAUCGCCACUGGCGGCUCCGCGAAGGCGGCGGGCGAGCUCGUCGCGAAGCUCGGCGGCAACACGCUCGAGUACCUCUUCAUCAUCGAGCUCACCUUCCUCCAGGCCGCGUCGAAGCUCGACGCGCCGAUGUACUCGAUCGUCAAGGUCGACGACUAG